AAAAAAUUUUCCCUCCAAAUAAAGAACGUCGGGAGAAGAGAGAUAUCCGGGGGUUCGAUGAUAUGAAUCUGAGGAACCAUCAUCAUCAACCACUGGCCCCGCUCUAAAUGGACGUGCCUUUGCUUCACCAACGGGUUUCCGUUGGCCAAAGUCUGGGGACGUGAUCCACAGUCCUCAAACAAACCCUCCAUCCCCCAAAAAAAACCAAAAAAAAAAAAAAAAAAAAAAAAACCUCUCUCUCGCUCUGACCUUUUGCCUUUUUCCAGUUGUUUACAAUUUCUUCUUCCUCAAUCCACACUGUCAUUUUCGUUAAAUUAUAAUCUGUCUGUACAGUUUCUCUGCCAAGAGUGUUUGUGGUUCGUUCGCAUCGCAUUGCCAUCGAUCGGGCUCAAUUGGAUCAAUGUGAAUGCAGGUUCUUGGUGAGAGGCGUUGAUCUCAAUUGAUACUCUUCCGAGAAUGCCAUUCUGAAUCACACAAAUAUGACCAACCGUAACACCGAUUAUUCAGAAAAGGGUGAGGGUGGUAAUCUCCCACGCCCGGCCAGGCCGCCUGAUCAUUCUCGUGGCAGCGGCAGUAAUAAUAAGGUUUUCAAGAGCGGGCCACUAUUUUUAUCUUCCAAAGGAAUUGGAUGGACAUCCUGGAAGAAAAGGUGGUUUAUUUUGACACGCACCUCACUGGUCUUUUUCAGAAGUGAUCCAAGUGCUAUUCCUCAAAAGGGGAGUGAGGUGAAUCUGACUCUUGGUGGUAUUGACCUCAACAAUUCAGGCAGUGUGGUUGUCAAAGUAGAUAAAAAGCUUUUGACUGUGCUCUUUCCUGAUGGUCGUGACGGGCGAGCUUUCACACUUAAGGCUGAAACUUUGGAGGAUUUAUACGAGUGGAAAGCUGCACUUGAGGAGGCUUUGGCACUAGCACCAAGUGCCACUCUUGUGAUGGGGCAAAAUGGCAUAUUCAGGAAUGACCAGGCCGACACAUUUGAUGGUUAUGUGGAUCAAUUGAAGGAUAGGCAGCCGGUGAAAUCUUUGGUCAUUGGUCGGCCAAUUUUACUUGCUUUGGAAGAUAUAGAUGGAACCCCAUCUUUCUUGGAGAAAGCCCUUAGGUUUGUGGAAGAGCAUGGAGUCAAAGUAGAGGGGAUAUUGCGGCAAGCUGCCUAUGUUGAUGAUGUUGAACGUCGAAUUCGAGAGUAUGAGCAGGGAAAAAAUGACUUCUCUUCAGAGGAGGAUGCACAUGUUAUAGCUGAUUGUGUCAAGUAUGUUCUUCGGGAGUUACCAUCAUCUCCAGUACCAGCAUCUUGCUGCAAUGCGCUACUGGAAACACGUCGUGAGUUUUUCAUUGGAGUUUGUUUCAAUUGGAUCUGUUCCUGUAUUGAGCUUUCUUCAUCUUUGGCAUUGGUUGAUGUUCCCAACUUGUCUUCUUCUUAUUCCUUUUUUUUUAAUAAUAUAUAUUUUAAAAUUAUUAUUGUUUUUUUUUUUAAAUAUUACCUCUAAUGGUGUUUAUGUUGGUCACUUGCUUUACCUAUAUGCAUACAUAAAAAAAUUCUUGAAUUUUGGAAUCUUCUUUGAUUUAUUAUUGUUUAUGUGUGAAUCAACUAAAAUUCUUCCUAUAUGUAAUACGAAAGGU